CAGCCGGAGUCGUCGCACGUGCCAACACAACCACGCGGCUUUGCGCUUAAACGCUCUGCGCGCGACCGGCAACUGUUUCGGGAGUGCGUUAAAGCUCGCCGCUUAGACGUGGUUCGAUGAACUGUGUUUGUGGUUUGCGAUGAAUGCGUUGGAACGGAACAAUAUUUACGGUGUUUCUCUACCGACGAUCUUCGGAUCGAGAUCUGUGGACUGAAUUCUCGUUGUGGAUGGAUGUGUGGGCUGUCAAGUGAUUCAUGUACUGAAUUUAAACAACAAAAGAUAUUUGUGACUCAAUUGCAGUUUUCGUGCAAUAAUCAGUACCUAUGGAUUGACUUCUUGUACUGAUAUUGCUGGAUGAUUCGAGUGUGUUAUCAAGUGUUGAAUGUAAUUUAAAAUUUGAAUGUCAAUUUAAACAAUGAACAAUAUUUGUUACUGAAUAACAAUAUUUGGGCGAAGACCAGUACUUAUGGACUGAUUUCUUGUUUUGAUUUUGUUGGAUGAUUCGAUGAUGCUGUGAAGUAUUGAAAAUAAUGCUCAACUUCAAUGCGUGUUUGACCAAAAAACAAUACUCGUAUUUGUGACCGUCCGUCAAGAACAACCUUUACGUCAGUACACGGUCGUUGAACUAUUUUCUACUUAUCCCGAAAAAGGUGGCUGAUUUGCGAAAACAGUAUAGUACUGAGUGAUGGUGGUUCGUCUGGCAGUGGUACUGUAACAGUUCGCUCGGGCCAAAAACCGUGUUUGUUGCCGGAUUCCUUCGUAUUGGAACAUUGGAAGAUGGUUCGCGGAAAAUAGCGAGUUCCAGACGUAGCGGGCGGGGACUUCGCCGAGACGACACACGCGGCGUCGCCUCAGUCAGACGGAUCCCGGGAGCGCGCGUGCCGCAGUGGGAGUGCCGAGGAGUGCGCGCGAGUGCCGGGAAGUGCCCGCGAGUGCCGGAGAGUGCCGGGGCGACAUGAACGGCCACGCCGUGGAAGACAAGCCGCCGACGGCGCCAGCGGAGGAGAAGCUGCCCAAAUAUGUGGAGGAGCGCGCUAGCAGGGGCUCGUUCACGAUGGAUAUGAAGGGCCCUAUAAGGCCGCUCGACUUAGGAGAAGAUGGAGACAGCAAGACUCCCAGGCAACGGCGGCUGUUGCUUGCUCUCGGCCUGCUGGUGCUGUUGGUGGUGGCGCUCGUCAUCUGCCUGGUGGUGGUGGUGAUACGACUUGAAGACAAAAUUACUGAAAACAUUUGUGAAACGGAAGAAUGCAUCAGAUCUGCGGACAACCUGAUCCAGUCGAUGGACACGUCGGUGGAGCCCUGCAACGACUUCUACAAGUUCGCAUUAUUUGGAGACCAACGACUCCGAGAGCGAUCCGGAAUGCUGGACGAGCUGGGCCUGGGCCCGCUGCUGGCGGCGGUGGAGCGCCUGGGGCUGGGGCCGCCGCCCACGUCGUGGGCGUCGCCCAAGGGCCGCGAGGGCGCCGCGAGCGACGGCUGGCGCCUGGAGGCGGCGCUGGUGGCGGCGCAGCGCUCGCUGGGGCUGGACGUGCUGGUGGGCGUGGGCGUGUGGCCCGCGCCCACCGACCGGCGCCGCAGCCGGCUCACCGUCGCCACGCCCUCCUCCGCGCCCGUGCUACCCGGGUACCCCGAAGUGGUGAGUCGUUCCAGCUCAGCCGACGAGUCAUCGGCCCCAGCGCAUGGCCAUCACGGGACAGGAGGAUCCCAUCAGCGGCGAGUGUAUGGGUAGAGUUCGUGACUGCCUGGCUGUCCGGGUGACGCCGCGUCGUUGGCUGAGAGGCCGACGUU